AUACAUAGUAACGUAAAUUAGUACAUCGUUUCGAAAUGAAAUAAACAUGGCCAAAAACGCGAGUCAUUCAAAUACCCACACAAUUCAUAUACAUUUACUAAGAAUUGUCAACAAAGAAAAACUAAAUGACGGAAGCAAGUAUUCAGCCAAAUUAGAGCAUGGGGAUUUCUCCUGUGGCGAGACUAAUAAAGUAGACCAGAAUGAAAAUAAUGAGCUCUUCUUUGACUAUACCUUCAAAUAUGACAAGUCUUUCACCGAUAUGAAAACAAUCGAGUCCUUGUGUUCCAUACCAUUCGUUUUGUCUGUCUUUGAACAGAAACCAAAAGAUAAAAAGCAGAAAGAAAUCAAAAGCGAACUGCUAGGUCAGACAACCUUCGAUUGUUUGCCACUUGUGAAAAAUGUUUCUAAAUUUCAGCUGAGCCUAAAAUUAUUUUGUUCUUCCUCUGCCACGACGUCAGGAGAGUUCCCAACCGUCGAAAUAGCAGUUUACGUUGACCAGCAGCUGCUUACUGAUGAAUCUUUCGAGAAUUUAAAUAUUAUUUACCUGAACGUUGAAUCCAUGCAAAACUUACCAGAGACUUUUCAUUCCAAAGACCACAAUAUUUUUAUUGCUGCAUUACCAAUGUUUACUGCAGUUCAGGAUGCCGAAGUACCUGUUAUAUCUAGCAAAGGAUGUUUAAAAUCUCCAUCCGAUGUGGAUUAUCUUGAUUGUUCAUUUAAAUGGCCUAACAGUGGCACUGCUCGCAGUUUUGCAAAUAUACUGCAAAGCAGCCUUUCAGAAGAUUUACUAUCAUCCUCUAAGAAAGAAGAUGGUGAUUAUCCAUUAUCACAAUACCCCACUCUUCGCGCUUCUGCUAAUUCUGCUAGGAGUAAAGUUAUCUGGAACCAUCAGCACAGAUGCCUGUUGAAUAAGUCAUCUGAAUUUAAAUUUAAAGAAAAGAUAUCUGUAUCUAAAGUGUGGCCAGUGGAGGUAUUCUGCAUACCUAACAGCUCUUCUGGAAGAAAAAAAAAGGAUGAGGAAUUGUCUUAUAGCCAUCAUGGUGUGGCUUAUGUCAACUUAACGCCUCUUCUUUAUCCUGGUGUUAGUUAUGUUCGUGGGGCAUACAAAAUACAUCCUUUUAAUCAAAAAGAAUAUGAAGAGAGGACUAAACGUCAAAAUGGUCUACUUCAAGAGGUUUUAAAUAAAGUAGUAGUACAGAGUGCAUCGACUGCACCAACUGAAAAGAAGAAAGGACAGCUUAGUGUUUCAAAGCCUGAUAGGAAAGUCAGUAUGACUGGUGCCAAAUCUACAGGAAGAACUGCUACUAGUGUCGACAUGGAAUAUGAACCUGAAAAGCAGAAAUCAAACGUAACAUUGAACACAGUCCAUGAACAAACAACCGCUGAUCAGUUACAAAAUACUGAUGCUCAACAAUAUCUAGAUGCACAUUCAUUUAUUAUUCUUGAAUUUCGUUUGGAUAAACCAUUAAUAAAGAAAAGAACUUUAGAAGAAAUCGACCAAAAUAUUUCAUUAUAUAUAGCUGAAAAACAACCAGUUGUUAGGCGUCAUGUCACAGCAGAAAAAGCUGUCAAGGAGUACCAUAAACAAAUUGCUGAAGUUGCCAACUAUCUGCUCAUGGAAUUCAAAGUCAUGUUUGCUGACUUGAUACAAACGGAUCAAUUGCCAGUGGAUCAUGAAUGUGCUGAACAGAUGAAAUUGGAAUUGUAUUACUCAUUGAAUUCAUCUGGGAAAUAUUUUGCAUUUAAAGAACGCCUAAAAUUUGCUGUUAUCAAAAUAGUCAGAGAGAGAUUUUUCCGCACUAAGCCGUUUAGUGAUCAAGAACAACUACACCUUUUCCUAAGAGAUUUAUUCGUUUAUCUUGUGGAUGAAAUGCACAUUGGCUUGAGAAAGGUAUUCAGUGCAAAAGAUAUAACAAAGUUGGUGGAACCAAACUUUGCUGACCCGGAAAUUCUGCUACGUUAUGCUCGUGAGGCUGAAGAAAAUCAAAUGUAUGAAUGGGCAGUAAAAUACUACGAAGAACGUAUUACAAGAGAUCCUAGUUCAUCGAUUUACUGGCUUGAUUUCGGUGUUUAUUAUUUAGGCCGAAAUGAGUUAGAACAAGCGGCCAUAUGCUUUCAUCGUUCGUUAACUUUAGAUUCUAAGCAAAGUACCGGUUUGGUUUUGUUCGGUCUUGUGUCGGCUAUGCAAAAUUUCAACGAAGAGGCAACUGAUUUCCUAGAGGCUGCAGUAGCUCAUGACCCUAAAAAUCCCAUCGUUUGGGUAAUACUAGGUUUAUUCUAUGAAACGAUUUCUAAUGAUAUUGGUGUGGACAUGGCAUUAAGUGAAGCUAAACGCCUAGCAGAAGGUGAUGACCAUGAAGUAAUCAUCACACCGAAAAGUGAUUUGACCGAUAGUUUCUUGACAGAUAAACGUCAGUCAUCAAAUAUACUUUCUGAAGGUUCACAAAAUGAUGAACUGAUAAACAGAUCAUCAAAAGAAUCCACAAAAGAUGAAAUAUUAGAUGAACAAGUUGAUAACCCUAGAGUGAUUAUAAAUGAUUUAGAUAAAGAAAGUAAUCCCUCUAUACUUGUUGAUGGAAAUAAAACAGAGUUGGACAGAAUUGGUGACAUUAAAACACGCAAAUCACGAACGUUAAAAGGUCAGAAGUCGGGUACGAAAAUCCCAACUGGCAUUCAUUGUGAAUUGACAACAGUAACUUCAGCGGUAGGUGAGAAACCCCAACAGAUGAGUUUAUUUAUAAGAACAGCUGAAUUUCUUUUGGAAAGAAAUAUGUUCUCAUUUGCAUCUGUUGCAUUGGCUCAUGAGUUGAUUGCACAGAAAAAAGACUUGGAAUGCCAAUCAGCAUCUUGUGAUCCUCAAAUUUUCACAUCAAGUUCAGUGCCCAAUCUACAAACACAACCUGAGAGUCACACGCCUAUACAAGGACAACUAUCCAAUGAUAACCAUUAUCCGGCGAAUUUCUCAACCACUGGUUUAUCAACACUAACAAAUCGGAUUUCUUCAACAAAUAUUUUAUUUCAUCGCGUAUCAAGUUAUCACUUACUAUGUGCACGCUUGGCAAUGAGUUCCUAUAAACAAGACUUAUCAGAAGCCGAAUUCAAUGUUAGCUUGAUCAUUGAGGCUGAUCCAGAAUCCAUUGAAGCUUGGGCAUGUUUAGGUCAUUUACGUUAUACUACUGGGGAUUUCAGUGCAGCGCGUGCCUGCUAUGAACGGUGUUUAGCUUUGAUCACCUGGCCUCCUAAAGAUGAACAUAGCCUAUUAAUGAGAUUAGGUUCAAUUUACUUACAAGAACAAAAGUAUCGAGAAGCUAAAGAUAUUUACCUGCGUGCAUGUAAACACUCACCAACUUGUGCCACAUGGUUAGGUGUUGGUAAAGCCUGCUUCAGGUUAGGGGAACUAGAAAAUGCUGAAGAAGCUCUUACUGAAGCUAAUUAUAUAAACAAUAGAAAUCCAGAAGUUUGGGCAUAUUUAUCUAUGAUAUGUUUGAAGACAAAUCGGCGUACAGAAGCUGAACAGUCUUUUAAAUAUGCUAUAAAGACGAAAUUGCAAGACGUUCACUUACUGGAUGAAAUUCAUGCAUUGCAGCUGGAAGUUGGUUGGGGUAAUCCUCUUGUUUAUUGGGAGACAUAUUCACAACAGUAAAUUAUCGGAAACGGGGGAGUGAAAAUCAACACUUCUUCAUAAAUAGUUUUCUGUUUAUCUUAAUAAAUAAUUAUUGCUCAAAAUUAGCUACCAUAUGUUAUCGUUAUACCUCAUUUACCUGAUUUAUGCGAAAUUAACAUACAUCAAGUUAUUUUUCAUCAUUAUAGUUUGAAGUAUCUUGGAGGAACAGAAUACUAGACGACCAAUUCGUCCUAAAUUGAGACCUUUCAUCAGCCCGCAUUCGUGACCCCACUUAGGAUCUUUUUCAAUGUCAGGUUUCCGGGUGAGCACGCUACCAUCCAGCGACUGAAUUUAAAUUUGACUUUCAUCACUUUUUAACUUUGUCAGUUUGUGAUUACAUACAACAAUUCUUCGCUGUCAUACAUGGACAUGAAUGAAGCCUUUUAUAUUUGC